AUGCAGGAAAAGCAGCAACAAAUAAAACUACCAUCAGCAUGGAAACCAGAUGAAUGGGUUUGUCAUCAUUCGAGUAGUCGUCAAUCAACGAGACUGGAUGAUUAUUUUCAUCGACAAUCGAAAAUGAAAUCACCAAUGACUGCUAGAAAUAUUGAUACACCAUUAUCACCUAAACGAAUAAGUACAGCAAGACUGAGAAGACAAAUCGAAAAUUUAAGUUUAAAAAGUACAGAAUAUCGAAUGUCCGGUCGUAAAUCAAAAGUUAAACGAUUAACAGAUACAACUACCCCAAUAUCAUAUAGAAGUUUUUUAACUUAUGCAAGUCGUCAUGGACUAACACCACCUAUACAUAUUCCUAAAAUGUCAAAACAAUCUUUAAAACGAUGGCUUGAUGCACGAGAUGCAUAUCUUGGUCAUAAUUAUCCAUAUAUAAUGGAACGUUUUAAACGUCGACGUCAACAAAGAACAAAAUCAACAAAAUCAGCAAAUGAAACAUAUAGAACCAUAGAUUAUGAUGAAGCUAUAUCUAUGUUUUCUAUUGAUCCAGAUAGAUAUUCCAAUUCAAAAUUAAUAUUAAGUGGAAAACAACGUCGAUUAAGUCGAAAAGAUAGUCCUCUAAAACGAAUUAGUCAUUCAGAAAUUAAUCUUCGUCGUUCUGGUGGUUUUUUACAACGUAUUAAAUCAUUUGUUCAAUCACCUGUUAGUUCAUUAAAUCGUCUUUCAUGUCGUAAACAACCAAAACAAACGAGAACACAAAUUAUAUAUGAUUAUUUCGAUGAUAAAUGUGUUGGUACUGAAAUAAAUGCUCGAACAAUAUCUAGAACAGAUAUAAAACAUAAUGAUCAAGCUAUACAAGUUAAUUUACCUCGUCCACAAUAUAAGUUAUAUCAUGAAUUUGAUACAAGUAUGGUCGUAGGUGAAAAACAACAACGAACACGAUCUGUUCGACGCUAUAUCAACUAUAGUGACAAAGCAACAGACACAGAUUUCAUCUUAAAUUUUAUAAAUGUCGAGAAAGAAAGAAGAGAAGAAAAGAAUAUAGAUGCUGAUGAAAAUGAUAAGAGUGCUCGUCGUAAUAGAGAAAAAGAAAAAGUAGACCCAUAUAACGAACAGUUUAACGUUCAACAUCAAUUAUCAACAACUAAUAAUACAGGUAAUCAAAUAGUACCACCAAUAGAUUUACUUCAUACAUCAAUGGACAAUGAAAUAAAUAAUAAACAAAAUGGAUCAAGAUCAACAAUUCUUAGUCCAACUGAAUCCAAUAUUUCCGUUCAUGAGCAACUUCACAGGUAA